AUGGCUUCUUCUGCCACCCAUUUCUCCCUCAUUUCAAUAGCCCUUCACUUAUUUUUCUGCUUAUCACAAUCACAUGGUAAAACCGAACUCCGUCCCUUUAUCUUACCCAUUGGGAAAGAUCAAGAAACCAAUUUGUUUUAUACUUCAGUUGGCAUAGGAACUCCACGACAUGACAUGAAUCUAGUCAUUGAUCUUGGAGGACUAUUCCUAUGGUAUGAUUGCAACAAUCACUACGAUUCUUCAACUUACCAUCCUAUCCUUUGUGAUUCCAAAAGCUGCCCCGGAAAUGCUGGAUGCAAUAGUUGCAAUGGCCAUCCUAAACCAGGUUGCACAAAUGACACAUGUGGUGCCUUUAUAACCAACCCCUUUGCUGACUCUAUUUUUACCGGUGACCUUGGUGAGGAUGUGUUGUUCAUGUCUCAUACCACAGUGUCUGGUCUACUUUCCGGGUGCACCAAUUCAGAUGCAUUUUCUGGUGACCCUUCACCUUUAAAAGGCUUACCCAAAUCUACUAAAGGCAUAUUAGGCCUCGCAAGGUCACAACUUGCAUUACCAACCCAACUCUCAUCAUCUCUUAAGCUUCCCCGCAAGUUUGCUCUUUGCUUACCAUCUUCAAACAAAAACGGACUCGGCAACCUCUUCAUUGGUGGGGCACCCAAUUCUAUUCUUCAUCAAAAUGCUUCCGAGUUUCUGCUCACAACCCCCUUGAUUGUCAACCCCUUUAGCACUGCUCCAAUCUUUACUCAAGGUGAUCCCUCUUAUGAAUACUUCAUAGUUGUGAAAUCAAUCAAGGUUGGUGGAGAAGUUCUCAACUUUAAGUCUUCUCUGCUUUCCAUUGACAACAAGGGAAAUGGUGGAACCAAAAUUAGUACCAUGAAUCCCUUCACUGUUUUACAUAGUUCCAUAUACAAACCCCUUGUUAGAGAUUUUGUCAAGAAGGCUGCGGAUAGAAAAAUGAAGAAAGUGGACGCAGUGGCACCAUUUGAAGCAUGUUUCGAUUUCAGCACCAUUGGUAGGAUUGUUACUGGAUUGGAUGUGCCAACUAUUGAUUUGGUGCUAGAGGGGGGAGUGCAGUGGACAAUUUAUGGUGGCAAUUCAAUGGUAUUGGUAAAGAAAAACGUAGCAUGCCUCGGAUUUGUGGAUGGAGGUAAAGAACCAAGGACAUCAAUUGUUAUUGGUGGGCAUAUGUUAGAGGAUAACCUUCUGGAGUUUGAUUUAGUUUCCUCAAAACUAGGCUUCAGUUCCUCCCUUCUCCUUCAUAAUGCAAAAUGUUCAAGUUCAGAAGCUAAUUUCUUUCCCUUUUAA